CUCCCCGUUCUGCGCACGGUGUGUCUCGCCUAAGCUCGAUCGAGUUCGUCUUCUGGACAACUACUCUCGUCUCUCCACUUUGCUCCAGUCUCGCUGUCUUUUGCCUCCGCGUCAUCGAAGAAGAAAACAGAAGAAUUGAGAAGGAAACAAAAGAUCCAGGAUUACUUAACGCAGAGACAUCCUUGUCUGCUUGACAUGAGGAUAUUUUAAUCGCCUGAAAGCGGUUCUGUUAUCCAACAUCACCAUGGUGAAAGAAUCUGGGCCCACUUUUGUCCAGAAGCCGAUCCUCGACCAGUCGGAUGAUGGCCGGGUCCUUAAGUUCUCCUGCCGCAUCGCUGGCGAGCCUCGGCCCAGCUUCAAGUGGUUCCUGAAUGACCGAGAGCUGCGGGAUGGCGGCCGCUACUUCAUGACCACCAAGCCCGAGGCCCAGGGCUACCUGGUGGCCCUGGAGAUUGAGGACGUGUCGGGCGAGGAUGCAGGGAACUACAAGAUUGUAGCCGAGAACAAGUCAGGCAGCACCAGUGCCACUAUCAACCUGAAGUUUGGGGAAGAGGAGGAAGGUGAAGGGAAGCCAGGGGAUGCCGAGGGCAUUGCUCCCAACUUCACCAUGAAGCCCAGGAUGCGGCAGUCGGAGGACGGCGUGAAGCUGACCAUCGAGUGUGAGCUGAUGGCCGACCCGGAGCCCGAGGUGACCUGGUACCGGGGCAACAGCGUGCUACGGGAUGGCGGCCGGUUCCGGCUGACCUUCAGCCCCGACGCUGAGUACUACUUCCUGGCGCUGGAGAUUACGGAUGUCACUGAGAAGGAUGGCGGGGAGUAUAAGAUUGUGGCCAGCAACAAGCUGGGCACCGCCACGAACACCAUCAAGCUCAACUUCCAGACCGGUGCCCCGUCAUUCACCAUGCAGCCCAAGAUCGAGCAGUCUUCGGAUGGCCGCAACCUGACCUUCCAGUGUGAGCUGACGGCUGACCCCCGACCCACGCUGACCUGGUACAAGGACGACGUGCCGCUGGCCACCAGUGGGCGCAUCAAGAUGAACGUGGAGCAGGACGACAACAUCUUCUUCCUCACGCUCGGCAUCACCGACGUGUCGGCCAAGGAUGCCGGCAAGUACAAGAUCGUGGCACAGAACGAACACGGUGAUGCUAAGUCCACCAUCGACUUGAACUUUGAGGGUGGGGCAGAGGAACCACCUAAGCCACCGGUGAAAGGCACCCCUCCCUCAUUUGUGGGCAAUCCGGCUAUGCGGCAGUCGGACGAUGGCUCCUCAGUCUACUUCGACUGCCAGCUGACGGGUGACCCAAAACCCGAGAUCAUCUGGACGCUGGGUAACAAGCGCAUCCCGACAGGCGGCAAAUACAACAUCAAGCUGGAGCCCAAGGGGAUGAAGCAGUAUAUGCUGGUACUGAGCAUGGACAACAUCAGCCCCAAGGACGGCGGGACCUAUUUGGUGUUUGCACGCAACGAUGCCGGGGAAGCCAGAACCACCAUCAACCUCAACUUUGACGUUCGCGAGGCUAACAAGGAGGGUGCCCCCACCUUCAUUGAGAAGCCAACCAUCAAGCAGGAGGAUAACGGCCGUCGUUUGGUCAUGGAGUGCAAGGUUAUGGCGGACCCCAGGCCCAAGGUGGUGUGGUACUACAACAAUAAGGAGCUGAAGGAUGCUGGGCGCUACCGCCUGCGCACCACCAAGCAGGGCAAGAUCUAUGUCUUGGUGCUGGAUCUGUCUGGUGUCACCCCUCAGGACAUGGGUGUCUACAAAGUGGUGGCUGAGAACGAAAAGGGCAAGGCCUCCUCCACGAUGACCGUCAACUUUGAAGUCAAAGACAAGCGUUUUCCACGGAAGUUUGAUGUCACUGCGGAUGUUGCUAAGGUCCAUGUGGACUUUCCACCCACCUCCAUGGAGACCAUCGACCUGGGGCCGGACUUUGGCACCCUGGAGCUGCUCAUGCCGGAGAUGGAGAAAGGCGGACCCAUGGAGAUUGAGCUGAGCAGCAAAGGGCCAGAGGUCCAGGAGAAGCCGGUAGUUAAGGACACAGCACCGGUCAUUUCUGAACCUCUUCAAGAUGUGGAUGUACAAGAUGGCACCUCCGUUGAAUUCAGAUGCAAAAUCAUUGGCAAAGUCACCAAGGUCAUCUGGUACAGAGACGGCAAGGAAAUUCGGCCCUCUUAUAACAUCAAGAUGUCUCAGCAGGGCGACAUCUACAUCUUGCGCAUGCCCAGGGUCGUGGCCAGAGACAGCGGUGACUACAGCGUCGUGGCAGUUGGGCCCGGUGGGGAGGCCAAGUCCGAAGCCGAACUUUUUGUUGACGAUCUGCCAAGCAAACCUGUUCCAGCACCCAAGGAUGAACCGACGAAACGACGUGCUCCCGAAAAACCAGAAGAAGUACCCACCAAAGCCCCAAAAGUUGAAGAACCUUUGGAAAAACCUGUUGCCAUGGAAGUGGAAGAAAAAGUUCCUAGUAAGCCAAAACCAGGGGAGCCAGCUAAAAAACCCACUGAGAUGAAACCCUUGGACAAAGACAAGAAAGAAAUGCCUGGGAAAAAGGAGCCUGAGAAACUGCCAAAAAAGCCAGAAGUUGGCAAACCGACAGAACCAGAAUUUCCGAAGAAAAAGGAGCCGGAAAAACCGCCAAAAAAGCCAGAAGUUGGUAAACCGACUGAACCAGAAUUUCCCAAGAAAAAGGUUCCAGAAAAACUGCCAAAAAAACCAGAAGUUGACAAGCCGACCGAACCAGAAUUUCCUAGGAAAAAGGAGCCGGAAAAAAUGCCCCAAAAGCCGGAAGUUGGCAAACCGACUGAACCAGAAGUGCCCAAGAAAAAGGAGCCCGAAAAACCACUGAAAAAGCCAGAAGUUGGCAAACCGACAGAACCAGAAUUUCCCAAGAAAAAGGAGACAGAAAAACUGCCAAAAAAGCCAGAGGUUGGCAAGUCAACUGAACCAGACACGCCACCUAAGAAGAAAGCCCCUAAGGAUGAGGAAGCCCCACCUGAGAAGAAGCCCCGCCCAGCAGACACACCUGACUCUGCUCCCAAGGAGGAGGCCGUCGUGCCCAUGGAACAGGCCCCUGCCGAGUCAGCCCCGCCUGUGGAUAAGCCUGCAAAAGAGCCCGCUGUGCCAGUGGUGCAAACCCCCACUGAAUCUUUGCCCACACCUAUGGAGAUUGAGAUCAGUCCAGAGGGAGGAAUCGUAGCUCGCCAGGCCCCUGAAGAGCAGGCUGCUGUUCCCAGACAGCGACGUCUGUCGGCAACCGAUUAUCUGGAUGAGGAGCCUGCCCCGGAAGCUGCACCCGAGGGAGAGGAGAGUGCCCCCAAGGAAGGGUUCAAGAAGACGGGCCAGUCGGUCAAGCCUGCCGAGACCAAACCCACCCCUCCCCCACCAGCUGUCAAGAUGAAGGAGGGUGGUGGGGCGCCCUCGUUCCUCGAAUCACCUUGCAUGGCGCAGGUCAUCGAAGGUCAGUCAGUGAAGUUUGAGGCCGUGGUUGAGGGGACUCCAAAGCCUGAAGUCACGUGGUACAAAGGCAGCACGGUGAUUAAUGAUGGCUUCAAGAAUCGCUAUGGCGUCAAGUAUUUGGAGAAGCAAGAUGUUCACAUCCUGGAGGUGAAGAAAUCGGAGCUGACUGACACAGGGAAGUUCAGCUGCAUAGUGGAGAACCCCCAUGGGAAGGACGAACGCGUCUUCUCUCUGAUGGUCAACAACAACCCGGAGCCAGUGGAACCAGAAGAAACGCCGCAAGAAGAAAAACCAGAAACUGAUGUAUUAGAUUUCCGUCAGUUGCUGCGACACAGGGAGGUACAGCGACGCGAGUCCAAGAUUGAGGUACCAGACUGGGGCACCCUGAAGGACACGGAUUUACCUGACAAAGCGGGCGCAGAUAUCACCCGGCCCCUAAAGUCGACCCGAGUUAAUGAGCGGGACGGCCGCGUGACCCUGGAGGUGGGCUGUCGGGCCAAUGAUGUCAAACCCACCUGGUACAAGGAUGGUGAGGAGCUUAAGGCCAGCAAGAAAUACAAGAUCAAGAGCACACUGCAGGACUAUGAGCUGACCAUAACCGACCUGAAGGUGGCCGACAGCGGCAACUACUCGGUCAAGUUUGGCGAUUUUGCCGAGUCCAAAUGCAAUGUAGUUGUCGAUGCCGCCCCUCCACCUGGGAAACCAAAGGUGGAUUUUGUGACAUUGCUGAAACCUGUGGAAGUCCACGAAGGGCAGGAUGCUAAGUUCAACUGUGAGCUGUCAGGCGACUGCAUGGAGCUGCAGUGGUAUAAGAACAACGAGAAAGUUCCGCCACGUGACAAGAAGUGUGAGAUCAAGCGUCUUGGCAGACGCCACACCCUGAUUGUCAAGAACUGUAGGCCGGAUGACCAGGGUGAAAUCGCCAUCAGUGCCUUUGGCCGCUACAGCCGUGCCGAUCUGACUGUCAAAUCCAAGCCCAAGUUUAUCAAGGACCUGUCACCUGUCACUGUGGUGGAGAGCCAACCUUGUGCCUUGACCUGCGAGAUUUCAGACUUCACCUCAGAGGUCAAGUGGCUGAAGGAUGGUAAGCCAGUCAAGUUGGAUGAUCGAGUGGCCGCCACGAUGGACAAGGGGGUGCGUAGGCUAGUCAUCUACAAGGCAACAUUCGAUGAUGCUGGGGAGUACACCGUCAAGUUUGUGGAUUUGGAGUCCAAGGCCAAGCUGACUGUCACAGAGCCCCCAAAUUUCACUGGUAACCUCCAGGACGAGGUGGAGGCCUUUGCCCACCAGGACGCCGAGUUUGCCACGGAAGUGUCCAGCCCAGAGGCUGAGGUCUUCUGGUUCAAGAAUGGCCAGCCCAUCAUGCCUGGUGACGAUGAUGACAAGUACGAGAUGGUCGCUGAUGGAAACACUCGCAAGCUGAUCGUCAAGGACGUGGUUCCUGAGGAUGAGGCCAACUAUGCUUGUGCUUUGGACGAGGCGAGAGCCACCCGGUCAAAUCUCAAAGUCCAGGCUCCACCCGCCCUCAAGAUGCCCCUGGACAUGGAGGACCUAAUCGUCAAGGCUGGUGAGCCCGUGGAGGUGACUCUGGAUAUCUCAGGCUCCCCUGCACCCCAAGUGGAAUGGUCUAAGCCCGGUGCCUUGCUGGCACCCGAUGACCGGACCCAGAUGGUUACCAUGCCCAUGAGUGCCACUCUUCUAAUCACGCACACUGACCGCCAUGACACAGACGAUUACACUGUCAGCGUCACCAACAAGCAUGGCACUGAGUCGGCCAAGUUCAAAAUCACUGUCAUCGACAAGCCGCAAGGUCCUGAAAAUGUCAAAAUCUCUGGCUACAACGAGCAUUCGGUGUCACUGACUUGGAAACCACCCAAGGACAAUGGCAACUCGGAGAUCACGCACUAUGUGGUGGAGUACAAGGAGGUCAAGCGUGGUGAUUGGACAGUUUCCAGCGACAGCGUGUCGGCCACCGAGUUCACUGUCCCCAACCUGACUGAAGGCAAGGAGUAUGCAUUCCGCGUGGCAGCCGUGAAUGAAGUGGGCUCCAGUGAACCUGUACAGACGGACCGGACCCAGGUUGCCAAGGAGCCAUUUGAGCCUGCUGAUCAGAUGGACGCACCUAAGGUCGUGGACACCCACGAUGGCAGCAUCGAGCUGAAGUGGUCCCCACCUGAAUUUGAUGGUGGCUGCCCGAUCACGGGCUACAUUGUUGAGAAGCGGGAGGUUGGAUCCCCCAAGUGGUCCAAGGCUACUAAGACCCCAAUUAAGGGCACCAGCUACGAGGUGCCGGACUUGAUCCAGGGGGGCAACUAUGAAUUCCGUACCAUCGCUGUCAACAAGGCCGGAGAGAGCCAACCGAGCCCCCCCAGCAAGCCUGCGCUGGCACGGGAGCCAAUCGAUCCAGCUCUACCCCCAGGCCAGCCAGUUGUCGAGGACGUGACCAAGGACUCGGUGGGCCUGUCCUGGACCAAGCCCAAGGAUGAUGGCGGCAGCCCAAUCAGGGGCUAUUACGUAGAGAAGAAAAACCCGGAGACGGGCGACUGGGAGCGUGUCAACAAGAGGCCCACUAAAGACACCAAGUACAAGGUUCCGGACCUCGUGGAGGGGGAGGAGUACCAGUUUAGGGUGGUGGCUGAGAACGAGGCGGGCCUGAGCGAGCCCAGUGUGGUGUCUCCACCUGUCGUGGCCAAGGAUCCUGAAAUCCCACCCUCUCUGGACGUCUCUCAGAUGAAGGACCUGACAGUCAAGGCCGGCCAGACCAUCAAGUUGGCCGUCAGCUUCACUGGUACCCCACCCCCCAAGGCCUCCUGGAGCUUGGAUGAAGAGCAGCUGGUGCCCGAUGACCGGACCAAGCUGCGCAGCAACCUACAGAUGGCUGAGCUGACCACCAUGGACGCCCAGCGCAGUGACACGGGAGUCUACAUUGUCACAGUGACUAACCCCUUUGGUACCGAGAAGGGCACAGCCAACGUCAACGUUCUCGAUAAGCCUGGUCCCCCAAAAGGCCCCAUGGAAAUCAGCGAUGUCACUGCAACCUCAGCUGUGCUGUCUUGGCAGGCACCAGCAGAUGAUGGCGGCCAGCCAAUCACAAACUACGUCAUUGAGAAGAGGGACAUCAACCGGACCGGUUGGUCCGUUGUCAACGACACCACAAAAGACUUAACCCUCAAGGUCACCAAGCUUCAGGAAAAGACAGAGUACAUGUUCCGCGUUGCGGCUGAGACGAGCUUCGGCGUCAGCAAAUAUCUGGAGGCCCCACACACUGUCCUGGCAAAGAAUCCAUACGAUGAGCCCGGUGCACCUGGUGUGCCGGAGGUUGUUGACUAUGACAAUGACUUUGUGGAUCUGGAGUGGGCAGAGCCUGAAAAUGAUGGAGGGGCAGAAAUCGAAGGCUAUGUCGUUGAAAAGAAAGAGAAAACCAGCUCUCGCUGGACAGAAGUGACAGACAAGCCGGUCAAAGGCACAGCAUUUAAGGUACCCAAUCUGAUUGAGGGGCGCACCUAUGAAUUCCGUGUGGCAGCCGUCAACAAGGCUGGCAAGGGCAAACCCAGCCAGGUGUCACAGCCCAAGCUGGUCAAGGCCAAAUUCUCCAAACCUGUUCUGCGCAUCGACCGCCUCAAGGACAUCAAAUUGCGGGCUGGCCAGGAGCUCAAACUCCAAGUGCCCUUUGACGGUAGCCCACCUCCUACCGUCAGCUGGAAGAAGAAUGACAGUGCGUUGGAGCCAUCUGAGCAGGUUCAGAUUGAGAACACUGACGAGCUGACGACACUCAGGGUCAAAGAAUCGCAGCGAGAUGACACCGGCGAAUAUGAGUUGACGCUGGCCAACGACUCAGGAACACUCAAUGCCAAAUGCAACGUUAUCGUCCUAGACAAGCCUUCGCCACCGCAGCCGCCGUUUGACAUCACUGACAUCACCAAUGAAUCCUGCAAGUUGGCCUGGAACCCGCCAGCAGACGAUGGCGGCAGCGAAAUAGCCAACUACGUGGUGGAGAAGCGGGAGUCAGAUGACGAUUACUGGAGCAAGUGUGGCGGAUUUGUCAAUUUCCCCAACUACACCGCCACUAAGCUGCUGCGUGGGAAGGAGUAUGUGUUCCGCGUGUCAGCAGAGAACGCCCACGGUGGGGUGAGCGCUCCAUUGGAGUCAGCACCUGUUGUGGCCAAGAACCCAUAUGAUGAACCAGAUGCUCCUGGCAAACCCAAGAUUGUCAGCUACGACCGUGACUGUGCCGACCUCCAGUGGGCCGAGCCCAAGUCGGAUGGUGGUGACGCCAUCACUGGCUACAUCAUUGAAAAGAAGGACCCCAAGUCCAACCGCUGGUCCCGCGUCAACAAGGCACCGGUCCUGGGCACGAAGUUCACCGUCCCUGGCCUGAUGGAGGGACGGCAGUACCACUUCCGGGUCAUCGCCGAGAACCGGGCUGGCCCUGGCCAGCCCAGCCCUGAGUCGGACAUCAUGACGGCAAAGCCUGAAUUUGAAAAGCCACGAAUUGACUCCAAUGCCCUGAGCCUGCGUGACCUCAAGGUGAGGCAAGGUGAGCCCUUUGCCAUCAAGGUACCCUUUGUGGCCAGCCCCGCCCCCGAGGCAGUCUGGUACAAAGACAACCGUGAGAUCAAGCUGACUGACCGGGUGGCGGUGGACACCAAUGAGACCACCUGCACACUGAACAACAAGUCAGCCGAGCGGGGCGACACAGGCACCUACAAGGUCACCCUGGAGAACAGCUCGGGAACCGACUCGGCCUCUCUCAAAGUCACUGUACUCUGCCCUCCCACGGCACCCAAAGCCCCUCUAGAGUACUCGGACUUCACGAAAGACUCCCUCAAGCUGACCUGGCAGCCGCCAGAAGAGGAUGGCAACAGCGCCAUCACAGGCUAUGUGGUGGAGCAGCGCGAUGCCAACCGCGACAACUGGACAAAGCUGACCAGCUCUGCAUCCAUUGUGGGCUACACCGCCCGCAACCUGCACACACAUAACGACUACGUGUUCCGGGUCUCGGCAGCUAACCAGUACGGCGUUAGCGAGCCAUUGGAGGGCCGGCAGGUCAAGGCCAAGUUGCCGUUUGAUGAGCCUGAUGCACCCAGCAUCCCCAAGAUUGAUGCCGUUGACCGCAAUUCGGCCCAGAUCUCUUGGUCCCCGCCUGACAAUGACGGAGGCAGUCCAGUUACUGGGUAUGCUGUGGAGUACCGCAACACAGACGGCAACAGCUGGGAACCAGCCAGCAACUAUCCGACCAAGGACACUUCAGCCAUUGUGCCCAACCUGACCGAAGGGAAGGAGUACCAGUUUAGGGUCAUUGCCCUGAAUGAAGCUGGCCCGGGCAAGCCCAGCCGGGCAUCCGACGCUGUCGUUGCCAAAAUGCCCAUCUUGCCGGCUGAUGCUCCUGGGCGGCCGUCAGUUGAUAAAGUCCGCAAGGACCACAUUGGCGUGUCCUGGAACAGGCCCAUGUCGGAUGGUGGGUCCAAGAUCAAAGACUACGUCGUGGAGAAGCGCAAAGUGCCCGAGAGUGGCCCCAAGGGUGACUGGGUGGACGCUGUCAAAGUUCCAGCAACAGAGGAGCAUGCUACAGUUCCGGACCUGGAGGAGGGUAUACCCUAUGAGUUCAGAGUUCGUGCCAAUACCGAGGAGGGCCCUCCCGGUAAACCAAGCAUCCCGACACCAGUUGUCACCGCUGAGGACCGACCGGAGCGGCCGGUUCUUGACAUCAGCACACUCAAGGACGUCAAGGUCAAAGGUGGUGAGAAGUUUGAUCUCAAGCUGUCCUACACGGGCAUCCCCAAGCCUGAGGUGACUUGGGAGCUGAACAGCCAGCCGGUCAAGGAGGACGGCCGUGUCCUGAUCAAGACCACGCAUGAUGUGACAGCGCUUGUCGUGGAGAGUGCGCAGCGGGUCGAUGCGGGCCGCUACACAGUCACAUUGAGGAACAGUGCCGGCACAGACAGUGGCAAAGUCAAGGUGGUGGUCCUUGAUGCCCCAGCCACCCCCGAGGGUCCUCUCAAUGUGUCAGACAUCACCCCAGAGUCGGCCAGCCUGUCCUGGAAACCCCCACUGCUGGGGCCUGAGGACGUGGAGAACUACGUAGUGGAGAAGAAGGACGCUGACACAGGGGCCUGGACCAAGGUCAGUAGCUUCUGCAUGACGCCCAACCUCAAAGUGCGCAACCUGCAGGAGGGGAAGGAGUACCAGUUCCGGGUGAGUGCUGAGAACCAGUACGGGGCCAGCAAGCCACUGCUCAGCGAGCCGAUCAUCGCCAAGCAUCCCUUUGAUACCCCAGGGGCUCCCGAGCCGCCUCAUGCCACCAAGACUGACCGCAAUUCCAUCAGCCUUGCCUGGAAACCACCUGCCAACAAUGGCGGCAGCCCUGUGCUAAGCUACCUCGUUGAGAAGCGGGAGGCGGGCUCCCCGAACUGGUCUCCGGCCACCCGGGCACCAGUCAAGGACACCAGCUGCUCGGUGCCCAAGCUGACGGAAGGGACGGAGUACGAGUUCCGCGUAAUGGCCCAGAAUGCUGCGGGGCCUGGGAAGCCCAGCGACGCCAGUGAAGGGAUUGUUGCUGCACCCCCUUCAGUGAAGCCCAAGGUGCGCAGUGACUGUCGCAACAAGGACAUCACUGCUGUCGCUGGAGAGCAGUUCAAAGUGGAGGUUCCCUUUGAGAGCACACCAGCCCCUGAAGUCAUGGUGACCAGGGAAGACAAAGGCGGGAUGGAGAUACCGAAAGGAGAUAGGUUUGACAUUCAGGAAAGUUCAGCAGAAGCCCUGUUCACGUGCAAACGUGCUGAGAGAAACGACAGCGGGAGGUACACAAUCACGUUGCGCAACAACGAGGGCACCGACACCUGCAACUUGCGAGUCACUGUUGUUGAUAAGCCGGGUCCUCCGGAAGGUCCUCUGGAGGUGUCCGACGUCACUGCUGAGUCAGUCAAGCUGUCAUGGAACCCACCGAAGGACGACGGAGGAAGCCGUAUCACCAACUAUGUGGUGGAAAAGAAAGAGGAAGGACGGCCCAGCUGGUCAAAGAUUUCUGGUUUUGUGCGGACCACCGACUUUGGUGUGGGCAGUCUGGACGAGGGGGUAAAAUACUUCUUCCGCAUCCGGGCAGAGAACCAGUAUGGUGUUGGUGAGCCGCUGGAGACUUCCACCGCUGUGCACAUCAAGAACCCAUAUGACAUUCCCGACUCGCCGGGCAAGCCUGUGAUUGACGAGGUGGACAAGGGCUUUAUCCGCAUGUCCUGGGAGAGGCCGGAGAAUGAUGGCGGUGCCAAGAUCCUGGGCUACAAUGUGGAGAAGCGCGAGGAGGACAGCGAAUGGGAGCAGUGCAAUAACUUCCUUGUGAAGGACACCAAGAUGUCCCUGAGCAACCUACGCGACACGGUGGAGUACCAGUUCCGCGUGAUUGCCAAAAAUGCGGCUGGGCUCAGUGCCCCUAGCCGCCCGUCCAAUGCAGUCAUCCCAAAACCACAGUACACUACCUCAGACAAACCCGGAGUCCCACAGGUGGAAAAAGUGACCAGCAAUACGGCUGACCUAACCUGGGCUAAGCCUGCAUCUGAUGGAGGAGCCCGCAUAACAGGUUACACAGUUGAGAAACGCGAGGUGGGUGCCCCCAACUGGGAGAAGGCCAACCGGUAUCCCGUCAAGGACACCAACUUCACCCUGGAUGGACUGGAAGAGGGGAAGGAGUAUGAAGCGCGAGUCUUUGCUGAGAAUGCAGCAGGAACGAGCGAGCCCAGUUACUCAGAGGUGCCCAUCAAGCCCAAGGACUCAGUUAAGGGCACAGCCCCAUUCUUUGACAAACGGCUGGAGAACGUCACUGGUUGCCAAGGUGACUCGGCCAAGUUCACGUGUGAAGUGUCUGGUACCCCACAGCCUACCAUCAAGUGGUAUAAGAAUGGAGAAGAGCUAUGGCCAGGAGUUCGCUUGUCAGCCCGGCAGAGUGAUCAACUCUGUAUACUGACCAUCAAUGACCUGAAAGAUGCAGACUCUGGCGAGUACACCUGUGAGGCCAGCAACAAGAUGGGCACGGAGCGCUGCAAGGCCAAACUUGCUGUCCAGUUGGCCCCCUCAGUGGGCAAUGUCCCCCGCGAGGUCACAGUGGAGGUGGGCAACCCAUUCAAGGUGAAGAUUCCAUUCACCGGCAAAGGGGACGUUAGUGCCCGGUGCUCGAGGGACGGGCAGCCGUUGGAUGACGACCGUGUCAAGAUGACCGUCUUUGAUGACUACGUCAUCAUGAAUGUGAAGCAAGCUGAACCAGAGGACAAUGCUUCAUUUAAGGUCACAGUCGGCAACGAUGCAGGAAGCGACACGGCCAGCUUCAACGUCAAGGUUCUCGAUGUUCCCGGGCCACCUCGAGGUCCGUUGGACGUCGGUGAGGUAACCAACCACUCCAUUUACAUCUCCUGGAAGCCACCUGCCCACAAUGGAGGCCUGCCCAUCAAGUCCUACUAUGUGGAGAAAAAGGAGGAGGGGACAAAAGACUGGAUGACAGUUGGGAGCUUUGUGCGGGAGACCAACUUCCUGGUGCAGGGCCUGCAGACAGGUGUGGCCUACGAGUUGCGAGUUUCGGCUGAGAACGACAUUGGCCUGGGCCGGCCGCUGAGUGGUGAGUCGGCUGUGGUGGCCAAGAGCCCCUUUGACCCACCUAGUAAGCCUGGUGAGCCUGACGUCAGCCAGGUGGGCAAGGACUUUGUGACCCUCAUGUGGGGGCGCCCUCACUCUGACGGUGGGAGCCCCAUCACCGGGUACUUUGUCGAGAAGACAGAGGCAGGAGCAGAUAGAUGGGUGCAAGUCAACCGUGGUCCCGUCGCCCACCUGACCAUGACCAUCCCCAACCUCAUUGAGGAUCGGGAGUACGAUUUCCGGGUGACGGCUGUCAAUGAGGCUGGACUGGUCAGCGAGCCGGCCGUCGGCAGCCACUCAGUGCUGGUCAAGGACCCUAAUGAGGUAAUCAGACCUAAGUUUGAGGAAGGCCUGAGGGACACCACAGCCCACGAGGGCAGAACAGCCACAUUUGAGUGCCAGUUCAGUGGCAAACCGCACCCAGAAGUCAAAUGGUUCAAGGGGUCACGUGAACUGUUCACCAACAACAAGUACCAACCAGAGGUGGACGGUAAUGCUGCGAUGCUCACAAUCAGCAACAUCCAGCCCGAUGACGUGGAUGAGUACUCCUGUGAGAUUAGGAACCCCGGGGGACGGAAGGUGACCCGUGCGCAGCUUCUCGUCAAAUUUGCACCGAAGAUCAAGCUCCCAGCCCGCUUCCGCGACACGGCAGCCAGCUUCAUCAAGGGUGAGACCAUCAAGCUCAAGAUCCCCGUCACGGGCUACCCCAAGCCCACCUCCAGCUGGACGCUGGAUGGCCGGCGGAUCAGCCGUGGUGUGGAGGACACAGACCGUCACGCUGUGCUGACCAUAGCUAACGCCGAGCGCAAGGACAGCGGGGAGUAUGAACUGACGGCCGAGAACGAGGUCGGGAGUGACUCUGCCUUUAUCCAUGUCAACGUCAAUGAUGUUCCUGGAGAACCCAUCGAUCUCCAGGCCAAGGAUGUAACCUACGAGAGUGUUGAGCUGAGCUGGCAGCCUCCGGCUGACGAUGGGGGUAGCCACAUUGAUGCCUAUGUGUUGGAGAAGCGGGAGUUUGGCCUGGAGUCAUGGAGCCGGGCCGGCUACACCUCAGGCCAGACCAACCACGUGUUGUCCAUGCUGACACCCAACCGGGAGUACCGAUUCCGUGUGCGGGCCGAGAAUAUCACCGGCUCCAGCAAACCGGCCGAGGUCACGCACAAGAUUGCUAUACCUGAACCAGAGAAGCCUAUCCGAAGGGCUUCCAUGGCAACGGAGGAAUCAGUUGCCCGCCCUGAAAGACCAAGACUUCCUAGAGUCCAUGAUUAUGAUAUGAUUGUUGAGGAAGGUUUUUCACCGAAGAAAGUCAAAUUGCGUAAGACGUCACCUAGCGACCGCUAUGAGUUUGGGGAAGAGCUUGGAAGUGGUGAAUACGGUGUGGUCCGCCGAGCUGUGGAGAAGCCCACUGGCCGCAACUACGCUGCCAAGUUUGUCUCAACGGAGCCGGCUGACAAGGCUCACAUCAAGCAAGAGAUGAACACCAUGAGUGCCCUGCAACACCCGCGACUGCUGCAACUGCACGAUGCCUAUGAGACAGAUGACCAGAUGGUCAUGAUCCUGGACUUUUUGAGUGGAGGUGAUCCCUUUGACCGCUUCAAGGACUGGGAGCAUCUGACCGAAGAGGAGGUUGCCCGUCUGACCAGACAGGUCUGCGAAGGACUCAAUUACCUACACCUCAGGAACUACAUGCACCUGGACCUCAAGCCCCAGAGCAUCCUGUACGAGACCAAGAAGAGCAACAACAUCCGCAUCAUUGACCUGGGCAUGGCCACCAAGCUGGACCCCGAGGAGAGGGUCAAGGUUGUCUCAGGGUCAUCGGAGUACUCGUCACCUGAGCUGAUCAACGGCAACCCGGUGGGCUUCUCCACAGAUAUGUGGACAGUGGGAGUUAUUGUCUACAUGCUACUUAGCGGUAUACACCCAUUCAACCACGACCCAGACAAGAUCCGACGGGGACGUUGGGAGUUUGACCAAGGGGCGUUCCGCGGCAUCUCGGAUGAAGCCAAGGAUUUCAUCAGCAAGCUGCUCAUACUUGACACAGAGCAGCGGAUGCCUGCCUAUGAGGCUUUGGAGCACCCGUGGCUGAAGGAACCAAGCAAGUGGUCCCGGAACCGCAUCUCUACUGACCGACACAAGAUGCUGACGGAGAGACCUGGAUGGUUGGUCGGUACCCAGACUAUCGGAAUUGGUCGGCUAUCCAACACCAGCACCCACCGCCGACGUAGACCACUUGAGGGCGACUUCAUCAUUGAAGUUGCAAUGUCGCGCAAGGAGGCACGCCCCCGCUUUGUUCACCGACCCAUCGACACCUUUGCAAUGGAGGAUCGCGAUGCCACGUUCAAAUGUGUCAUUGCAGCGCCCUCAGAGCCUGUUGUAACUUGGUGGAAAGACGACAAAGAACUGAAGCAGAGCUUGAAGUACAAGUCCAAAUACGAUGACGUCAACUACUCCUUGGUCAUUGGACGUUGCCAGCUAGAGGAAGCUGGCCAGUAUAUGGUCAAGGCGGUCAACUCCUAUGGUGAACUGAUCAAAGAGUCGCAUCUCACUGUCGAGCCUGAUCCAAUGAAGAGACGUGAAGAAAAGAAGAGAAGACCUGUAGAGCAGCUACCCCCACCUCGUCCCGACUCCAAACCGGCCUUCACAUUCCGCCUGCGGCCACGGACCAUCCAGGAGGGAUCCAGCGUCCGGCUCAGCUGCAUUGCCUCUGGUUACCCAGAACCUAAGGUUACGUGGAUGCUGAAUGGCGAAGUCAUCCCUAAGGCACACCCGGACUUCAAGCAGGAGUACUCCUACCGCAUGGCGGUACUAGAGAUUGACCGGGUCACUCCAGAGACCAGCGGCCGAUUUGCCUGCAUUGCCGAGAACUGCAUGGGAACUGACGAAACGGAAUGUAUAAUCAGUGUGGAAGACCGAUCCAGGCGUGGCCAAAAGGUCUCUAGUCAGGAGUACAGUGCCACCACCCGACGGUCCAAGCGACGUGAGGAUAUGACGGAGGAAGACACAUCCGCGGCGGCUCGGACCAUCCAGCAAGGCUUCCGGGAGUACCGACAGAAGAAAGAGAGCGUCUCUGAAGAGAUCACAGAAUCGGAAGAAGGUGGAGUGCACAUGCGCAGAGAAACGCGCAGAGAAAGACGGGAAGAAGUUCAAGUUGCCCAGACCAGCUCCUCUGAUGCCACCAGGGGCGAGGAGAGCCAGGCCCAGAUUGAGGUCGGUGUCAGAGAGGCCAUAGAUGUUGACUUGGGAGGGGCCAAGAGGGAAGACAUUGCCAUGGUCGAGGAGUCAGGUGUGGUGGAAGAGGCAGGUGUGGUUGAGGAGGGAGGUGUGGUCCUAGAGGAUGCCGCCCAGGUGGAAGAAGCACCAGAAAGGGGAGAGGAGGCACCUGCUGUACCGGAGGGCUACAAGGGUCCCAUCAUGGUGGUCCAGCCUCAGUCCGUCAGUGUCGAAGAAGGAAUGAGUGCCAAGUUUUACUGCAAACUGUUAGAAGCAGCUGACGAAGUCAUCUGGCUCAAGGAUGACCGGGCUCUAGAGGACGGAGGCCGCUUUGCCAUCUCGGCUGAGACCAACGAGUACUGUCUGGAAAUCCCCAUGGCCCUGUCCACCGACUCAGGUCUCUACACCUUCAAGGCCAAGAACGCUCAUGGAGAGUGCCAGACGUCAUCCUCGCUCCAAGUUGUCCUUGAAGAAGCCGAGCCUGUAAACAUCGAAGAGAUUUUGAAGUCUGUGGAGUAAAAAGAAAACAGCACUUAGAAAAGUUUGUCUUGGACUACUUUUUCGUUGCCAUGGAGUGUGAGAAUUGUUAAUUAUGAAGGCUGUAACACCAAACUUUCUUGUAUAAUUUUUCUACAGGACACUGUAAUCACCAGAAGCUUUGCAAAGUGUUGUUUUCGUGUCACAUUUACUCUUCAGGCUUGUUUUACUGUAUUUUCUUCUUAUGCAAGAGGGUUAGGUCUUUCUUUUAACGUGAUCAGUUUGAUCUGUGAUUUCAGAUUCGGAAAAAAAAAAUGAAAACUAAGAAUGUUAAUGUAUUUGUGGAACAUUUUGCUCUUAAGCUGCUAAAGGAAUAAUGAGAUUAAGAAAAAAGUACACUUUUUAACACUGCUGUGCAAUUGCUUAUUUGCGAACAUUAGCUGGGUUUUAUUGGCAUGUGUCUCAAAGCAAUGAGCACUAAAGGGCGCUGUUUUCUCCAAGUGCAACCUCUGGUGGGUCUUUGUGACUAUAGGGCCUCUGCCCAGCUAGUGCUUCGUGCAAAUUAGGUAUCAUUCUUACAAGACCGUAGCUCUACAGUUGGUAUUGUUGUACCUCGAAAAUUAAACUUUGCCAGUUGGUAACUCUGUAUGUAACAUUAUGCCAGCUUUCUUAAAAAAUAGAUUCCUCUAGUGAAAAGUAGUUUUCAGAGACAGGCAGGGGCAGUACUUCCUUUUUAGAAAAAAAGUGGAUGAGUGGAACUGAGAUAGUGGUGUGUUAGCUGCAUUGCUGUGACAUGUCUGCAAGAGGCUGUAUAUGACUGUAGCCUGGCUGAAGCUGGACUUUAACACUGGAAUUUGUCAUCUAUGUGGUACUUUCUGCAAGACAGGAAAGAAAAAAGGCAAGCCAGUUUGAAGUAUAAUUUAUGAGGCACAGCUUGAAAUUUCUGGUGUACAAGGAUUGUGUUGGCCUUCCAGGAUUAAGUUGAACUGAACCGUUGAAAUGAUCAGUUUGAAUAACUGCACUGGGUACAAAGUGGGGCUAGUUUUUACAAUCAACUCACAAGGACUGUGGCAUUCUUUUCAGAAUGAAAAAUCUUUUAUCAAACCCAACCUGCCAUUGGCUUGUCUGAGCCACCAGAUGGUGUUUUGACCAAUGACAUCUUUACAUGUACAUGCGUCUUGUGAUAUUUGCACUCUUGUACAGCCUUCCCGGGCAGUUUCAGUCUGAUCAAACUGUAUCCUCUUUUUAAGGUGGUGCAAGCCCUCAACAACAGCACACAUACCCCAUGAUUGUAAAUAGCGCCCUCCAGUUGGGAAGAAACUUGAAUAUCAUUUUUUCAAAAUUUGUGCUACUUAUCAAUAGAGAGCCCUGCAGUGUUUUCUGUCCCGCAGUAAUUGAAUAUUUAUGGCAGUAAUAAAGAUUGAGUUUUUAAACGUGACAAAAACA